AAAAAAAAAAAAAAAAUUAACGAGGACUUUCUCCGCUUAAUAACCCGGGGCAGAAGACGUGAGGCGCUGAAGUGUCUCCUGGUGUGUGAAUGGGCGGGGGGGUCCUUGGUGGGGAAGAAUCGAGGAUUAAAGUCAACACAGAACGCUCCAGUUUAAUGGCUGGCAGAUAGAGGCCGAAGAGGGACAAUCAACAUGAACUCGAUUCCGUCGAUGGACAGACACAUACAGCAGACAAAUGACCGUCUGCUGUGUAUCAAACAGCACUUACAAAAUCCAGCAAAUUUCCAAACAGCAGCGACCGAGUUGCUGGACUGGUGUGGCGACCCCAGAGCCUUCCAGCGCCCCUUCGAGCAAAGCCUGAUGGGAUGCCUAACGGUGGUCAGCCGAGUAGCAGCACAGCAGGGCUACGACUUGGACCUGGGCUACCGGCUCCUGGCCGUGUGCGCUGCCAACAGGGACAAGUUCACUCCAAAAUCAGCAGCUCUCCUGUCCUCGUGGUGUGAAGAGCUUGGACGCCUCCUCCUCCUCCGUCACCAGAAGAACAGGCAGAACGAGCCUCCGGGAAAAGUGCCCAUGCAGCCCCCCAUGAGCUCCAUGAAACCCGGCCUCUCACACGGCAGAGAUGGGUCCUUCCCCUACGACUCAGUCCCCUGGCAACAGAACACCAAUCAGCCUCCCGGUUCGUUGUCGGUGGUUACUACCGUCUGGGGCGUAACCAACACGUCGCAGAGCCAGGUGUUGGGGAAUCCCAUGGUGAACAACAACAAUCCCAUGAACCCUGGGGGCAACCCUAUGGGCUCGGGGAUGUCUGGUAACAAUCCCGGGAUGAACUCUCCUCAGUUCCCUGGUUCUCAGCAGCAGUUCCCCAGCAAGGGCAACUCCAACCAGGGCUACAUGCAGCAGGGCAUGUACGGACGACCCAACUACCCCGGAGGAGGAGGCUUCGGUGGCAAUUACCCUGGAGGGCCUAACGCUGGACCUGGAGGAAUGGGCCUCCCUCCACACUCCCGUCCUCCGUCAGACUUCACCCAGCCUGCCGCCGCUGCUGCUGCCGCCGCAGUUGCAGCGGCGGCCGCCACGGCAACCGCCACCGCCACAGCGACUGUAGCUGCCAUGCAGGAAACCCAGAACAAAGACAUGAACCAAUAUGGACCGAUGAGUUCCUCUUUCCAGAUGGGACCAAACCAGGCAUACAACAGCCAGUUCAUGAACCAGCAAGGACCCCGAGGCCCUCCAUCCAUCCCUGGGAACAUGGGCGCUGGCAUGAACCCAUCCAACAUGAGCGGACCCCCUAUGGGAAUGAACCAGCCAAGGGGCCAAGGCAUGGGGCCUUUUGUGGCCCACGGCCAAAGGAUGCCCCAGCAAGGCUAUGCAGGACCCCGGCCUCAGGGCAUGGGUAUGCAGGGCAUGAAAAGGCCGUACCCAGGGGAGCCAAGCUAUGGUGGUCAGCAGUAUGGACCAAACGGCCAGUUCCCUAACCAGCAGGGGCCGUACCCCACACCCAACCCCUCUAGGCCGCUGCCCUCCCCCAACUACCCCGGACAGAGGAUGCCAGGACAGCAGCUGCAGGGCCAAUACCCGCCACCCAGCGGUGCCAUGGGCCAGUACUAUAAGCAAGAGCCACCUUUUAAUGGCCAAACAAAUAACUUCUCUGGGAGUGGAUAUCAGUACAGCCAGGGUAAUAUGAAUGGGCCACCCAGACCGGUGGGUAACUACCCUCACUCCCCAGUGCCAGGCAACCCCACGCCUCCAAUGACCCCAGGAAGUAACAUCCCUCCAUACCUGUCGCCGAACCAGGACGUGAAGCCACCCUUCCCUCCUGACAUCAAACCAAAUAUCACCGCUCUCCCUCCCCCUCCAGCCAACCACAACGAGGAGCUGCGCCUAACGUUCCCGGUGCGAGACGGGGUGGUCCUGGAGCCCUUCAGGCUAGAGCAUAACCUGGCUGUCAGCAACCACGUCUUCCACUUACGGCCCUCUGUACACCAAACGCUCAUGUGGAGAUCGGACCUGGAACUGCAGUUUAAGUGCUACCACCACGAAGACCGUCAGAUGAACACCAACUGGCCGGCAUCGGUCCAAGUCAGCGUAAACGCCACACCGCUCACCAUCGAGCGGGGCGAUAAUAAGACCUCCCACAAACCCCUGCACUUGAAACACGUAUGCCAGCCAGGACGGAACACGAUCCAGAUCACAGUCACUGCCUGCUGCUGUUCGCACUUGUUUGUGCUGCAGCUCGUCCACAGGCCCUCGGUUCGCUCUGUCCUCCAGGGCUUACUGAAGAAGAGGCUUCUGCCUGCAGAGCACUGCAUCACCAAAGUUAAGAGGAACUUCAGCAGCGUAGCAGCAUCAUCAGGGAACGCAACGCUCAACGGAGAGGACGGCGUGGAGCAGACGGCCAUUAAGGUUUCCCUCAAAUGUCCAAUCACCUUCCGGCGAAUACAGCUUCCAGCAAGAGGCCAUGACUGCAAACACGUUCAGUGUUUUGAUUUGGAAUCAUAUUUACAACUCAACUGUGAGAGGGGGACAUGGCGAUGUCCUGUAUGCAAUAAAACCGCGUUGUUAGAGGGACUCGAAGUGGACCAGUACAUGUGGGGAAUCUUGAACGCAAUUCAAAACUCGGAGUUUGAGGAGGUGACCAUUGACCCGACAUGUAGUUGGCGGCCGGUGGCUAUUAAAUCUGAUAUCCACAUCAAGGAGGAUCCAGAUGGACCGCUGGCCAAGAGGUUUAAGACUAUGAGCCCCAGCCAGAUGAUCAUGCCCAAUGUGAUGGAGAUGAUAGCUCAGCUCGGCCCCGGACCGUCACCGUACCCGUUGUUGUCGUCUCAGCAAGGGGGCAACAGUGAAUACAGCAGUCAAGGCAACAGUUACCAGGGCCACGGGAACUUUGACUUCCCUCACGGAACGCCUGGUGGUACGUCGAUGAACGAUUUCAUGCACGGUCCCCAGCUGUCUCACCCACCCGACAUGCCCAACAGCCUGAUGACUCAAGACAAGCCACUCUCACACAACAUGCCUGACUCAAUACCUCACUCUGCAGGCAAUGACCAGUCGCAUGGUCCUCUGCAGAGCUUACAUCCAUCUCCACACCCUGGGAGCCAAUCAGGACAGCAGCUACACCACAGCGGGCCUCCUCAGCCGUCACGACAAGCUCCACCUCCUCAGCAGCAACAACAGCAACAACAGCCGUCGGGCCCCAACAACCAUCCCCACAGCGACCUGUCCUUCAACCCCUCCAACAGUUUGGACAGCCAGGCGGGGUCGGACAUGCCCGAGCCAUCUUUAGACCUUCUUCCAGAGCUUGCUAAUCCAGAUGAGCUGUUGUCGUACCUAGAUCCACCAGACCUCCCCAGCAAUAGCAACGACGACCUUCUAUCGCUCUUCGAAAACAACUGAGGCAGUUCAGACACAAAUAAACUUUUCUGACUGCCUGCAGUUUGCCCGAGAGCCCAGGGCGGUCGCUCAGUACUUGAUAAACACAAAGAUGCACUCCCUUUCUCUUCUUCCUCUUGUACAGUUUUCAUUGGCCAGCACAGAUUGACUGUAAGAGGUUAAAAACUCCAAGACAAGGCGGAUUGCGGCCCGCCCCUGGCUAUACUUUUUGAACUGUGCAGCUGUACUCUGUUGAUUUUUUUACGCCACACACAGGUGUGUUUGUGUGCACAUUAGGAACGUGUUGUAGGAUUUUUUUUUUUUUAAUUCAUGUUUUGUUUCCUUUAAGAAGGAAAAGGAGUUCAAUGUAUAAUACAAGAAAAAUAGCUGUUAAAAACCUGUGCUAUCUGGCCAGCGUGCGCUAUGUCCAUAUUGUUAUUCCAAACUGAGAGGCCACAGCUUCCUGGUGUCACACCUCCAUUCCCUGACUGGUCUGGUUAGACGCACUGUUUUGUCCACCACACAUCAUUUAAAAGCACAAGAGAUUUCGGCAAUGCAAAAAAGAAAAAUCUGUCUUUACGAAGGAAAAGAAAAAAUCUGUUCGUUCAGCCUACGUCCGUCCUUUACAAAAAUGUUUUUUAAGUAAGUUUUUGCUCAACAUUUUAAAAAGAUUUUUGGGAAUGAUCGGCUUCCGCUUUCUCUACAAUUGUGAUACAUACAUAUUUUUGUCAAAAAGAGGCAUACCUGCUUUUCAGUCCGGAGAGUUGAGUGCUGAGACAGAGAAG